AUGUUCAUGGACGAGGAUUUCAGUAUAAGUGAUAUGGAGGAGGCCAUGGAGGAGGAAGAUGAGGGCGAAGAAUACCAACAAGAGAGUGCAUUGGAGCGCAUAUGGGUUGCAUCAUGCUGGAAGUUUCCAUGGCUACAUGACCCUGUUCAACUUACACCACGGCUCAGUCUCGAUGACACUACCAAGGCAUCAGUGAGGGCUUCUACCGCAAGAGCUUUUGGGAUACCAGAACUGGCAACUCUGCCGCCAGAGGUCUUACAAAUGAUCAAGUCAUUUGCGCCGCAUCACUCGUUGUGGAAGUUCAGCUCCAUCCAAAAUGUUGCAGAAAGUAUGUCUUCGUCUGGAACUGAUAUCGAGAGUUACCCGUUGGCCAGCAUCAAGUCAUGGCAACGUGGACAACCAGUUGUUUGUGAUAAAGACGACUUGAAGAAUUUCGUUCUCAGACUAACUGUUGAUCGUGAUGGCCUUAAGCAAAUUGAGAAACUGGAGAGCUGGCCUGAGUAUAGUCAGGUUCGGUCUAAUGCUUUUGCUUAUCUCUUCGUCGUGCCCUUCCGAGCAACAAAAGCACAUGUUGAUUUCAAGCUUGGGCGAGCCUUCUUGAAAAAGGAGAUAGGAUUCGGAUACGGGGAGUUUUGGGACACGCCGAACCCUCCAGAGAAGGGACUGAGCAUGUUUGCUACACCACUCCUCCGCUUUAGUUCCACCCGUUUCCGAACGGUAGACCUUUGUAACAUCACCGGUCUGACAUUCUUCUACUUCAGAGGUUAUAUAAUGGGGGUUCACGCUCACACAGCCGACUCCCCAGCAGCAACAUCCACUUUCAAUGAGAUUUCAGCAAUAGAUCCGAAGUACUUGAUGUGGGCGUAUGUACCAAUUUCAAGAAAAGACAGUCUUAUGAGGAUUGGUGUACGCGACACUCUGACGAUAUACGUGCCCCCGACGUUUUUGAAACCGACAGUGCUGAUAUCAACUAAGCUCGCCGGCGAAUUCGCGCUAGGCCCUGAUUAUGGAUAUGCCGAGGAGGUAUUCUUAUCAGAAAAGGAGCCGACCGUGUUUGUGUACAAUGUCCCGCAUAAACGAGGGUACGGUAUGUACGGAGCAGUGAGUGACCAGGAAGGUGACGAACCUUCAGCACCAUUCCCUCGACUUUUUCCCAGCGAAGAGGGUCCCCCAUACCGUGGCCGCAUUCAUUUCGAGGCUCCCGCAAAGGGCAUCGUUCACGUCGAUGUCUAUUAUAAUGAGGCCAACGGGUACUGUAAAGGACUCCUCCUCGAAUAUGCCAAUGGUGCUCAGCGGGCAUUGGGCCAAUGCCGUGUCGGGGUCGACCGUUUCAAGGCCCACGAGCAUGGAUCUAACGACUUCGAUGAUUGGGUGUGUAUGCCAACAACAAAAGGAUACCUCCGGUUCGGGUGCGAUCACAAGAUAGCCAGCUUGGACAUGUAUACUCUACGAAGCGAGGAAGAGGAGGAUGAGUAA